CACGUGUACGGCGAUCACUUAUCAACAACCAAAAUUAUGUCCAGCUCUGGGGCGAGACAACCAGUUGACCAUUUUCAAACCCCGAAGCUAACUCAAGCAAGCAGCCGUAACCAAAGCCAAGAAGCAAAAGCUAAGGAAGGCCAACAAGCAUUGGUAGCAUAAAAAUUCUCUCUUCAGUAAUCUCCCAAAUACAAAAGCACCUAGCUUUCUCGUUUGUUUCUCAAGCAUUUCUUGAAUCAAGAACCAUGUUUUUUUUCUCUAAAAAACCACGAUCAUCAUCAUCAUCUCAUGCACCCUCUGCUCCAUCUCUACCUGAUUCAUAUGAUCAACGAGGUCAGGCAUACAGUACUUCUCAUCAAAGUAACCACAGCCACCAGCAGCAGCAGCAGUCUUAUUAUGGACAGGGAAAUGGUGGUAGCUCUUCAUAUGGGCACUCAGGUUUUCCACCAGGGACAUCUCCAGAUGUUAUUAGGAGCUUUGAGAUGGUUGAUAGAGAUAGGAGUGGAUUUAUUGACGAGAACGAGUUGCAACAAGCUAUUUCUUCUGGUUACCAAAGGUUUAGUAUUAGGACUAUUAGGCUGCUCAUGUUUCUCUUCAAGAAUCCUCAUGAUCCUCUACGAUGUGGACCCAAAGAAUUUGCUGCUUUAUGGGGUUGUCUUGGUCAAUGGAGGGGCAUAUUUGAGAGAUAUGAUAAAGACAGGAGUGGGAAAAUUGAUUUGUUUGAACUGAGGGAUGCUCUUUAUAGCCUUGGGCUUGCUAUUCCAUCAUCGGUUCUUCAGGUUCUGAUUUCUAAGUAUGAUGAUGGAAGUGGCCAAAGGAUUGAACUCAAUUUCGACAGUUUUGUCGAGUGCGGCAUGAUUUUGAAGGGAUUGACUGAAAAAUUUAAGGAGAAGGAUAAGCGGCAUACCGGCACAACAACAUUUAAUUAUGAUGAAUUGAUGUCCAUGGUCAUUCCAUUUCUUGUAUCGUAUGACUGACCACCGAACUUUUCAUUUUACAAUACUAGAUUGAGAUAGUUCUUGUAUGCAUUUUUUUUUUUUUUUU